GCAAAAUAAAUUUUGGAAUUAUUAUCCUACAGUGCUAUUAAAUAAAAUAUAUAUUUAUGAUGAUGGGGCCAUGAGCCCAUCAUUAUUUGAAUUGAAUUGGAGUCGCAAGCGCGUCUCAAGCGGGCCUGCACCAUGCUAGCACCGCCGAACCCGAGGUCAAUAUGCGGCCAGGACCCGGGCUGGUCGUGAUGGCGCUUGCGUUUAUUUCGGGGGCUCGGCGUGGCAGCACCAGCACCAGUUCAAAGAUAUCAUCAUCAUCAACAUCGUCGUCAUCGUCUUCCUUUACGUCAACAUCCAAUUCGGAGGCACAAAUAUCUUCGACUUCGAUAUUUCCAUCAUAUUUAGGUGGAGGAGGUGUGCUAACACCUACCGAUACACCAACCACCCACCAACGCGAACGCACUUUUCACUCCACCAACGAAAAUACAAACACAAAUAAUAAUAAUAAUAAUAUUAAUAAUAACAAUUUUUAUUAUUCUAACUAUCCCCCGCAUGCGUUAAUAUUGCCAGAACAUUUAAGGCAACAUUACGAUAAUCCACGUGCUAGAGCGGAUACACUUUCUCCCUCGGGUUCCUCUUCACGUGUUACUAAAGAAACAAGAAUAGCACGUAGUAUAAGAACAGCAAAUUCAAAAGACGAUCGCUCCAGUGAUAUAGUAGGACGUGCCGGUGGUGGCACAAUAACUGAUAGCGAUUUAAGUGAUAGCUCUGUAGCCGAUAGUAGCACUAGCGAAGGUACAUCCGAAGGUUUACUUGUACAAUUCCCUUCACAUUCAGCUGAUUCCUCAAGGUCCUUUGACGAGGACGAUAUAUUUGCCUUAGUUGCUGAGGACGAUCUUCUAUCAGAAGAGUCCUUUGAUCGCCUUUCAAGGUUAACAAACGACAAAAUUAGUUACAUAAACGAAGAGGAUUAUAGUAGUACCGAAGGUGGUGGUGGCAGCGGUGGAAGUGAGAGAUCAUUUUCAAGUAACGAAAAUCAACAGCAAGACGAUAGUCAUAGUGCCGAUGACAAUAGUGUGGGUGGGGGUGGGAACAUAUAUGCAGCAAAUUUAGUUACCAACGACGAGACUGCAGCAGUUGCAGAAACUGAACAUCCAAACAGUUUGAGUAAUACUGCUAAGGUAGAUAACACAAAUACCGAGCUCAAACGAUCCAUAUUUGAGAGCGAGUUUCCAAUAACACGUCUUAAUCCGUGGAUAUCCGCUUGCGAUCUGGCACAACCUGGAACAGCUCCAGAUUUACAGGGUCAGUGCUCGGCUGGUACACUGCCUGUGGCAUGGGUCGAUGAAGGUCCCGGCCCUCCAUGUCCGAUAUCGUGUGAACAAUUACGUUUAAAUAAUAAGAACAACAUAAAGAAAAAUAAUUUUAGUGCACUAACUAACAAUAAUGAUAAGAGUAAAUACAUUAUGAAUAUAAAUACAAUUAAUUUUAAGGCAAAUGGUAAUAAUAACAACAACAAUUACUACAAUAAUAUAAUAAUGAAGAAAGUUCGCAGAGAUGCCAGCGAGCAUUUUUAUGACGGAAGUGAAAGUAUAUCACCCACAACAAUAACAUCAACAACGACAAGUGCGACACCAAAGGAUACACCAGUUACAAUGCAAAAUGAUGGCAAGGCUCCAACAGCAAAUAAUGAAGUUCAAAAUACUAAUAACAUCCUUAAAAUGAGCACGACCAACAGAAACCAAAAAACGUUUAAUAAUUUACACAUAAAGCAUUCGAGGCAGGAUAUAAAUCCAAAGAACAAUAACAAAGUUAUUAUGAACAACAGAAACAAAAAGGAGAAGAGAUAUACUGCUGCAAAAGAUGUUGAUGAAGUGAAACAGCAACAACUACAACAACAACAGCAACAGCAGCAAAAACAAAACGAACGUAAAAGAAAUGAAAAGCAGGAACAGUGCCUUGAUUAUUUGGGCGAUGCAGAUGAAUCUAGUCCGGCAUAUUUAUGCAGUCUUAAGUCGUCCAAAGAAUUAAUAGCACGAUUGCGAACGCUCCGACUUAAGAACUGUUGCGAAAGGAACCUCUUCAGCGCUUUGCAUACAGUCGCAUUAAAUGCGACACUAAGUGGUGGCAGCAAGUGUGUACGUGUCCUGUCGGAUAUAAUGGAUUUGGAUGCACUGGCGACACGUAUUACUUGCGAGUUGGCUGAGAUACUUUUUCGUUUCGACUGUCGACAGGUUUAUUCCUUAAUCCAUCAGUGCAACGACUGCAAGGUGAGUAGACAUUUAUUUUUGACUUAUGCGGAAUAUAAAUAGCAAUAUCCUCA